AUGGGAGACUUUAACGACAUAAGAUACAUGUCAGAAAGGAUGAAUUCAGAAUUUGUAGCUUUAAAUGCAUAUCAUUUUAAUCGGUUUAUCGACACCACUGAUUUGGUGGAAUACAAUAUGGGAGGUCGACAUUUCACAUACCACUCGGAUAACGGGAUAAAACUGAGUAAGCUGGAUAGAUUUUUGGUGUGUCGAGGUUUCAUGAAUUUGUGGUCAACGACAUUAAUGGUGGCCUUGUCAAAUGUAUUUUCGGACCAUUAUCCCAUUUUCCUUCCUACAGUUCCGAAGGACUUUGGUCCAAAACCAACUAGAAGUUUUAAUUCUUUGUUGGAUAUUCCAUGGUGCUUGGAAUAUGUGGAUCAAUUAGGUGCAUGGUUUCGUUUUAAUGGGCCGACGGAUUUGGCUUUAGGAACCAAAUUAGAGUGCGUAAAAUUCCAGGUCAAAUACUGGGUGGCUAGUUAUAAGGCAAACCAGGAUGGCAUGUAUGGGUCCAAGUUGGAUCGGCUUGAUGCAUUUGAAGUGGAGGCUGAGGCAAGGAAUCUCUUGCCUCAUGACCUCGAGGAGAGAGCGGAAUGUAGAGGUUUUAUUAUGGAGGCAUAUAAGUUAAAGCUUAUGGAUAUGAAGCAAAAGUCGAGGGUUAAGUGGACCACAAACGCAGAUGAGAAUACAACUUAUUUUCACGGUAUUACUAAUGUGAAUACAAGUUGUAAUCGCAUUAAUGGUUUACAUAUUGGUGGGGCAUGGGUGACUUUUCCUCCCUUGAUUAAAGAUGUAGUAUAUAGCUUUUUUCGUGCUAAAUUUCUUGAGCCUAUGGUGAAUCGGCCAUUCUUUGAUUGUCCAAACCUUUCAUCUCUCUCGAAUGUCGAAGCAGACUCUCUUGUUUGUUCGUUCUCAAUUAUAGAAGUAAAAAAUGCGGUGUGGGAAUGUGAUGGUGAUCGGGCGCCUGGGCCCGAUGGAGUGAACUUCUAUUUUAUAAAGAAAUGUUGGGGUAGUUUGCAAGGUGACUUUAUAAAAUUGUUUGAGGAGUUUUAUUGGAAGGGGUCUUUCUGUAGUGGGUGCACAUCCUCUUUUAUUACUUUGAUUCCUAAACGAAGCGAUCUCGGGGGUCUUUCCGACUAA